UCAAAUGAGGAUGGCAGCGACAGCUGCCGUCUACAAUCGGCUCCACAAUACGAGUGUGGGAGUGGUUGGGGGCGGUGGCAGUAAUUCAGUGUCUGGAGGCAGCAGUGGCACAGCCACUGGUGGACACCAUCAUCAGUUGGCACGUUCCCUGGAGCGAAUCCUUGAAGAGGCCCAUCUAAGCGGGGAACUGAUACUGACCAAUCGAAAGUUGAAGGAUUUUCCAAAAACUGGAACUAAGUUCAAUUUAAGUGACACCGUCAUUGCUGAUCUAUCGCGCAAUCGAUUUUGCGAAUUACCCGAAGAGAUCACGACAUUUUCAUUUUUGGAAACAUUGUUGUUGUAUCACAAUACCAUACGCAGCAUACCCGAAUCGGUGAAACAUUUAACAUCGCUAACAUAUUUGGAUUUGCGUAGCAAUCAAUUGUCAUCAUUGCCACGUGAAUUGUGUUUCCUGCCACUGCAAGUAUUGCUCGUAUCGAAUAAUCGUUUGACCGCACUACCCGAUGAAUUGGGUCGCAUGGAUCGUCUGACCGAUUUGGAUGCGUCGUAUAAUCAGUUGACAACAUUACCGGCGCGCAUUGGAGAGCUGAGAUCGUUACGAUCAUUUUCACUGCGCAGCAAUCAAUUAAUGUAUUUACCUCGAGAAUUAACUUGUCUCACAUUGGUUUCAUUAGAUGUAUCCAAUAAUCGCAUUUCUAGUCUACCUCUUGAAAUUCGCCAGAUGUCAACGCUGGUCGAAAUAAAUCUAGAAAAUAACCCUAUGACAUCUCCACCAGCUAGUCUAUGUGUUCGUGGUCUGGUUCAUGUUUUUAAAUAUCUGGAGACGCAGGCUACCAAAGAUGAGAAAGGGUCACGGGCAGGUGGUAACUAUGAUGGGUAUACAACUCUACGACGAGCACCACGUAAUCAGGCGGGCGGAAAUGUUGUUGAUACACAUCGCCAUGGCAGACAUCAUGUGGAUUCCGGUUAUAGUACAUGUGAUGGCAUCGAUAAAAGAUGGUCUCAUGAUAUGCCAAUUAAAUCUAAAGCGGAUUCUCCCAAAGUUUUAACGCCUACAACACCACCACUGGCAAAGGCGACAUUAGUUACUCCAGAUCUCAUGGAUUCAUCAUUAACAUCGAGCACAAGCACUAUAGUAGAUGAAUCACUUAGUGUAUCAGCGGCUGUGGUUAAACCUCUGAAUAUGGAAAGUCAGUCUACGGAGAAUUUAGCGAGUUCUCCACUCAAAACCAAUAAAGAUGAGAACCGUAUGACAAACAAUGUAUCACCGCAAUUGCAUAACAACUACCAUAGCCACAAUAUCUCAGGUUCCAGUAAUGGAUCCACACCAGAUCUCGACGAUGGUAUGAUCGAUCAUCAUGAACUGCAACAGCAACAAUUGUCACAAACAAAUUCCAAACAAGAUGAUAAGUUUAAUAAGAAUUUAGGGAAUGUACAGACUUAUAGAGAAUAUAAAGAAGCUCUCAAACAGCAACGCAGUCAGGAAGUUUAUAAAAUCAAAGAACAAAAGCAUAUAAACGACUCCAAUGAACAGCAUCAUCUACAAUCGAAUAAUUCAGCUGUUGUGCCCCCAAAUAAUCAAGCCCCUGCCAAUGAUGACAUGGAAAUCCGGCUGAAUGGCAACACGCAAACUGCACCAGUGCCAAAAUCCAUAAUGAAAAAUAGUGCCAACAAUACGAAUGGUUUAACCAACGCUUCAGUAGCCACAACGAAUGGCGAUGAUAUUGUAGUCAUACCAAAGAAACCCAUACAAAAGGUUAUACCCUCUAGGAAUACCGAACUGAUGUCAGCGACAGUGAAGAACGAAUUAUCUGCAACCAAUAACACAAAUGGCGAUUGUAUUGGCUAUGUAAAGCCAAGUAGUCCUAUGAAAAUGGUCAAUGGUACUUCAAAUGGGAGUAUAAAUACGGCCACAGUAUCAGGUGUUGGAGUGGGUAUUUUAACGAAUAAUAAUAAGUUCACAACAACGACUGCAGGAAGUGGCAUUAGCAACAGCAGCAGUAACAAUAAAUUGGUGGCAACUGGAAAGCCACAUCGCACUGUUACUUGGAAUCAUGAUAUACCACCAGAAAAGUUGAGUUUUACCAUGCGUCGGGAGUUUGAUCGGCAACGAGAAGAGAUUGAAUUAAUGACACAAUUACGAAGUAUUAUUGAAACCCGUUUGAAAAUGACCCUACCCGAAGACAUUGCAUCGGCAUUAACAGAUGGUGUUAUAUUGUGUCAUCUGGCAAAUUAUGUAAGACCUCGUUCAGUGGCCAGCAUUCAUGUUCCCUCGCCAGGAGUAUCGAAGUUAACUAUGGCUCGAUGUCGUCGAAAUGUGGAUAAUUUUUUGGAAGCAUGUCGCAAAAUUGGCGUUGAUGAGGAGUUGAUUUGCUCCUGUGCGGAUGUUGUACCCCUCUAUGACAAUGGUGUUGAUGAUGAAGAUGCAGUUGAUGGCGGUGACAAUAGUACGCAGCAAUGUGGUGACAGCAACGUUCGAAAGAAUGACUUUCAAGAAAAUAAUAAUCAAAACGAUUUAAAUUUUUCAAUCAAUGACCAACAACGACAAACAGUCGUACAGCCACAACGCAAAGAACUACCAAAUAUUACUGCUGUUUUAAAAACAGUUGCUGCUCUAAUUGCUUUGGAUAUGAAUCCUCAUCAUCAGAAUGUUACAAAUUUGCAACAGCAACACGACUUUCAAAUGAAAUUGCAACAAUAUGAAAAGAAACAGCUAAAAUUGAAGCUAGACAAAGAAGACAAACGGCGUUGUGUUCUCUUGGAGGAAGUCGAACGAGAACAGGAGGAAGAAAAAGAAAUGAAAGUGCUGCAACAAAUGAAGGGCAAACAAUCGCAGCCAGAAGAGCAAAAACAAUUUACUGCAACUUGCACCAAAGAACAGAUGAUGAGGGAAUUUGAAAAAUCCAAUUUUGAACAAUUCAGUCGUUACGAUAGUAACAGAAAUGUUGAUGAUGGUGAUGAUCAUAAACAUCGUGAUUACAUUGUGUAUCAUGAUGAUGAAAAGCAGCAACAGCAGCAGCUACGUCAACCAAAAGUUCAUACAUCUCUUGGUAACUUUUAUCGCCAUUGUAAAUUGAAAACGUUUCAAAAAAUAAAACUGAAUCUCAUAACACACCAUGGCAAUACGUCGGAUAAUUUCGGUGGUUCUUCGGAAUUGAAUACAACAACGACAUUACAAACCAUUGUUGAAACCGACAACGAUGUUAUCUCUGGCAUUGGCGGUGGUUAUACUGGAUCGUCCACAAAUACAUCUGGCCUCUAUCAAAUAGUGGACGAGAAAUACAAUAACGAAUUGUCACUAAAGGUCAUAAGUUCCUUGAACGAAAUGUCGGGAUCACAAACACCUAACAAAUAUCAACUGUUGGAAUUGCCUUCUACGGAGAAGAAUAAUGCCGAGAAGCCAUCUCUAACAACAGCCACUUCAGUGUCCAAACGUAUAGAGUUCUUUGAACAUGCCAAUAUACCUAAUGGCGGUAUAAUCAAACCAAAAUCAAACAUCUACAGUAUUUAUCGUGUCAAUGAAGCAGCCGUUGAAUCCGAGAAGAAAUUAUUAACCAAAGAAGUCUUGCUAAAGGAAAAGGAAGCUGGAUCUUCCAUAUUUAUGCUGAGACAUGAUUCACACACGUUAACCAUAAUUUUGUCUUGUGUUUUUAUUGUGACAUUUUUAUUCUUAAAUUUAAUUUGUUGUGCUGCUGAUGUGCUCGAAGGUAAAGGUGCUGUCCAAGUGGCCAUAACUGUCUGUGAACUAUUCCGUCUGCAUAGUGGCAAUAUACAAAAUUCCAAAUCACCAACGAGAGCAAAUCGUGCCGCUCUAACACCCUCACCAAUUGUUUAG